CAAUGUUUACACUCUGCCUAGCCAUCCGGCAAAAAGACAACGGAAAGCGACAGUGUUCCAUAUAAGUGAAGCUUUGUCUAGUGACCGACAGUGGAUAAAGACAAAGUUUAUAAAGACGCAGUGUACAGUGUAACGCUCUGGAUAUAGGAUAUAGCGAUGACGUUCUCUGGAAACAUGAAAGAGAGUAAGCCGCGAACCGUAAAAGACACCUGGGAGUCAGAGCUUGGCUAUGGCUGGUCGCGGAGUGGGCAGCGCCGAUGCCGCUCUCAUCGACCGCCGGAGUCCACGAUGUCUGUGAGCAGCGACAUCAGAUUCACGCGACGAAAGCUCAGUCGAUCCUGCCGCGGAUGCUGCGCUGCUCUGGCCGCGCUGCUCGUCCUGUUGCUACUGGCUGCCGUCGCCGUAUACCUCGGCCACAUGUACCUUUUCGGGGACCCACUGAACCGGCAAACUUUUCGGGGCUCGUUUGUGGCCUCAUCAUGGGGAGCGCAAGAGGACCGUGACGAAGCGGCCGAGGUCAAGGGGAACAGUACAAGAGAUGGGGAAUUGCGACAGGCUCUCUAUGACACAUACGUGAACUCAGAGUUAAGGUCGUGUUUUGUGGCCGCUGAAAUUCUCGCCUUGGAUAAUGUCAAAGAAGGUACGCGAGUCCAUUUUGAAGUCUCGUUCGAACCCAUUUUCACGGCGGUGAACACGCCAGAAGUUACCGCUGUAUUGACAAGGGAGCUUCUCGCACCCUACUUCCAAAGGCUAGGUGUGAUUCCAACUACAUUGCAUAUAGAGGAAAGCUCAAUAAUAUCUUCACAAGCUUUAAAAGAAGGUGAUACACCAAUCGCAGAGAUAUCAACAACCGAGGUAGUGGCGUUCGAAAUCGAGGAAGAUCUGCGGGAAUGUUCACCUUUGACCUUGACCCUGUGCUCACACCUACCAUACAACACAACUACGUAUCCUAACUUAGUUGGACACUCCUCCAAAGAAGCCCUGCUGCGUGAUCUAGUCGCCUAUAGAGAGCUUUUGGAUGCAGAAUGCUCGUAUCUAGCGCAAGAUUUCGUGUGCCAAAUGCUUCAACCGCGUUGCGAUGAAGACAGACUGUUGCGGCCGUGCCGCGCAUACUGCCGCGCGUUCCAUGCCGGUUGCGGCGCGCGGCUCCCGGACCGUCUGCGACCGCAUUUCGACUGCUCUCGUUUCCCUGACUACUUUGGCCCAGGCUCAUGUUUAACCGAACCAGAUUGCAUGGGUGGUUUACAAAGGGCUGCGCUGUCCAGGCGUGCUUGCGAUUCGGUUCCCGACUGCGCAGACGCGUCGGACGAGCGCAGCUGCUCGCACUGUGCGGCAGCGGGACCCGGUGCUCUGCGCUGCGCUCUGCUGCCGCGGUGCCUGCCAGCACACUUGCGCUGCGAUGGCACUCCCGAUUGCGCAGACGGCAGUGAUGAAGCUGGUUGCUUGUGGGUCACUCGCUCGCUGGCGCUGUGGAAGCGCGAGACAGCGGAAACGACACUCGGGGCAGUGCGGAGUCGCGCCGGGUACGCGGUGUGGUCAGAGCGCGGCCGCGUGGGCAAGAUCUGCGCUUCGCCCUACGAGGGCGACAAGAGGGCGCUCAUGAGCCUGGCCACCUCGCUAUGCACUGCGCUUACAUUCAAAGCUGCUGUAUCAGCGGAGGCGGUACCCGACGGUGAAGAAGAGGUCGACGAAGACACCACUGAAGAUUCUCUACAAGACAGAGUGAGAAGAGAAUCACCUGAAUAUGUCCAAGUGGUUGAUCCUUCGGCGCCAGAAAUCUCGUUCACUAAAAGCGACUGCCCACAGCGAAGAGUUGUAAAAAUUGUUUGCGAUCAGUUAGAGUGCGGCUUAGCUUCAGCUCGCGGAGGGACGUCAGCGCAGGGCGUGGAAGGGCUUCCAAGGGGCGCUCGACCAGGCGAUUGGCCGUGGCACGCCGCACUGCUUCGGUCUCACGUACACGCCUGCGACGCGGUCCUUAUCGAUCCCGCCUGGCUCAUAACUACAGCUUCCUGUUUUCAGGGGCAACCAAAAGCAGAGUGGACAGCUAGGCUCGGUAGUGUACGGAUCCAGAGUACCACACCGUGGCAACAAGAGCGUCGUAUCGUGGGAAUGGUGCGAUCGCCGGUCGAGGGAAGCAUGCUAGCCAUGGUACGACUAGAAGAGUCAGUCGAGAUGACUGACUUUGUCCGCCCAGCUUGCCUCCCCGACGACGGUUUUAAGACAGAUGAACAAAGUAUAUGCAAUACCCUUGGUUGGACAAGGAAUAGAGAUCAGCUACAAAGAGUGCAUGUCGUGCCAACAGCGAUGAAUACAUGCGAAAAUGUCAGUAUAGCAACGGGAAAUGGAAUAUGUGCUGAGCCUUUAUAUGACCAAGACGAUUGUGAUGAAGAAGAAUAUGCCGGAAGUUCAAUGAUGUGCUUUGAUGAAAAAUCGAAACACUGGUCCUUGUUAGGGGUCAGUGGAUGGCGAAUUGCAUGCUCGAAAAUUGGACUCGGACGACCCCGUAUUUACGACGCAGUAACCUCGCACAUAGAGUGGAUAAGAAGAACCAUCACAAACUCGUCCAGGUGACUUUAACACUAUACAAGACUGCAAAUGUUCAACCAUUGUUAUUGUAGCUAGUAAGAUUUGUUAAGUUUUAUGUAAAAAAAAAAGUUUAGGA